AUGGCUUCUUUUUCGACUCGGGCGUUCGUCCUCUUGUCACUGCUUGCUCCCUUCAUGAGCACAGUCCAUGGCUUUCGGAUCAAUUUCUGGCUGGGAGAGAGAUGCUCUUCCGCCGAGAUCAGCACUCGCAAGGAGAACUACACACCUCACGGCAAAUGCUACAUCAUCCCGGUCAACGCCCAAUCAGCUACGGUUAACAAGCAAUCGGUUGACAGGGCGAGAGAUGUUGUCGCUUUCUAUCAGGGCAAGCACUGCGGGCACAGGCUAGCUUCCACGAACGGUGGUUGUGUCGACUUCACUGGGACCGGGCACAACGCAGGGUCCUUCAGGAUCUUUCGCCAUGGCAACACGAAGAGGAACGACGAUGCAGAUGCCGUCGAGCUUCACGAAGCAUCCAGCAGUGUGGCCGCCGCCGACGACCCAGAUCCUUACGGCCAGUUCGCAGCAGGCUUCGGCCACGGCAACGUCACGGACCUCUGGGGCGAGACCUACAAGUGGUGGCAAGCGGCACCAGGAGUCCACUUCGGCAUCCCGCUCGACGAAUGGGACGACGACAUCCACACCAUCAACGCGCAGUCCCUUCAGAUGAACGACGAGCCCGAAGACCUCUCCACCGCCAUCUCCCUCCCCGAAGGCCGCAGCCUCGACAAACGCCUCAACAUCGACUACUGCGUCCGCACGCUCAAAACCUGCGCCCGCGAAACCAACGCCGCCGCCUUCGUCGUCGCGGACUACUGGGGCCGCGCCGCCCACAAAGCCGCGAAAGCGGUCCCCAUCGCGCACAAAUUCUACGACUGGACCCACAAACACCCCUUCUCCGUCGGCUUCGUCACGGCGGCCGGGACCGGGCUCGCGGGCUUCGGGCUGGGCCAGACGAGCGGCGGGGCGACGGCGCAGGAUAACGAUCAGUUGCAGCAGUGCUCUACCGCAGGAGCGCCGAAGAAGGAGGUGGAUGGGUUGAUUGAGUCGGUGGUUAAUGCUGGGACGAGCCAGGACGCGAGUUGCUCGGUGGAUAUCACGUUGAAGGACGGGAAUAUUCUGCAGGUGCAUGCGGCGGUGUAUAAGAAGGGGCAUGUGCCGGCGCAUAUUCCUUGCAAGGCUUAA